AGGCCAUCGGCAGGGCUGAUGAUGCAUUCGACACACCUCACCAGCCGGUUCCUGCCUCUUCACUCACAGUCAUCUUCUGCAAGGCGAAGCAGCGACAGCGCCGAACGCCAAACCAUCACCGUCCACCAUGGCCGAUGACGCCACCCGCCGCCCGCCGCUCCACGCGGUGCUGCCACCCCUCGUCUUGGGGACGGCGACCUUCAACACCCAAUAUGUCGCCGACCCGCAUUCCAUGCCCUACCGCGACAUUGUCGCCCGCGCCGUCUCCCUCGGCGUCAACGCCUUCGACACCAGCCCUUACUACGGCCCGUCCGAAAUCCUCCUCGGCGAUGCCCUCGAUGCCCUGAUGCACCCGGCCCCGGCCCCGGCCCCCGCCUCGACCCCGGCUGCCUCCGCCUCCUCCGCGUCCUCGGGCGCCGACCGAGCCGGCCGGGCCGUUCCGCUCCCCCGCUCCAGCUUCUUCCUCGUCACCAAGGCCGGCCGCAUCGCCUCCACCGAGUUCGACUACUCGCCCUCGUGGGUGCGCUACUCGGUCCUGCGCAGCCUGCAGCGCCUGCGCACCUCGUACCUCGACCUGGUCUACAUGCACGACGUCGAGUUCGUCUCCCCGCCCGAGGUGCUCGCCGCCGUCCGCGAGCUGCGCCGCCUGCGCGACGAGGAGGGCGUCGUGCGCUACGUCGGCAUCAGCGGGUUCCCCGUCCCGGUCCUGUGCAGCCUGGUCGAGAUGAUACUCCGCGAGACCGGGGAGCCCCUGGACGCCGUGCUGAGCUACGGAAACUUCACCGUGCAGAACCGCACGCUCGGCCUGCCGUGGGUGGAUGGUGGGGCGGCCGGGGAGGAGGCCGGGGCGGAUGGCUCUUCGCCGCUCGCGAGGUUCAAAAAGGCCGGCGUCGACGUGGUCUUGAAUGCCAGCAUACUGGGUAUGGGCUUGCUGACGAGUCGGGGCCUGCCUGAGGCCCCGCCCGCGGCUGACGAGGAUGGCGAUAACGCGCCGGGCACAAAGGUUUCCCUCGUGACCCACUGGCAUCCCUCGCCGCCGGAAUUGCGUGCGGCGUGCAAGAGGCUUGCCGACGUCUCCGCCGCGGCGGGCGAGCGCCUCGAGUCCGUCGCAAUCCGCUGGUCGAUGGCCGAGUGGGCGCGUGUUGCGGCAACCGCAGGCCUGGGGGUGGAUGUCGCGACCCCGGGCGUGGGUCCCCGCAGGAUUGGCGUGACCGUCUGCGGUGUGACGACAAUCGCGGAACUGGAAGAGACAGUGACCGAGUGGCGCGGCGUCCUUUCCAGCCUCGCCCAUGCAACCUGUCGCGGCGAUGAGCCGUAUGGCUUAGCCCGCCAGGAGAAGGUCUUGAAUUUGGUACGGAAUGAGCUGUGGCCCGAGUUGAGAUCGUGGUUGGAUUAUGUCUGGGAUAGCCCGAAGCCUGGUUAUGUGAACACAAGAGCGGAAGCCGACCGUGGAGUCGUUCCGGACGACGGCGUCGUGGCCGCAUUCGAAAAGGCGAAGCAAAGCAGGCAAAUUGCCCAACUCACGCAGACCAGCUAGUUAUAUGUUGCCCCGUUCCAACGUGUAACUAAAAACCAGGGAACCGGGCUGCCAGGCGCCCCAAGGCCCUGCCUCGGCAGCUAUACCACGAUCUUUGCUUUCAUUCUUGCGCCAUCUCGCCUGAUUGCUCCUUUGGAGAUACCACCACUGUGUAGAAAGAGGAAUGUUUGAGUUAGCCUCGAAAACGAAGCGCAGAAGAGGAGAUAAACAAAUGGAGAUAUGGAUACUUUGACAGGGGUGGGGGGGUUGGAUUGAGAAAACAGAAAAAAG